GCCUGGUUUCCCUUGCCCCUCCCUCUCCCCAGCCCGAUCCUCCCGCCGGCUCCCCCUCCCCCGAUCCCUCGGGUCCCGGGAUGGGGGGGCGGUGAGGCAGGAACAGCCCCCGCCCCCAUGGCUGCCCGUCGGAGCCCGAGGCAGAGGGGGCGCACGGGGGAGCCGGGCACCGCCCUGCUGGCCCCGCUUAUGCUGGGCCUGGGCCUGGCGCUGGCCUGCCUUGGCCUCCUGCUGGCCGUGGUCAGCCUUGGGAGCCGGGCAUCGUCAUCUGCUCAGCAGGAGCCUUCCCAGGGGGAGCUGGUGGCAGAAGAGGACCAGGACCCUCUGGAGCUGAGUCCCCAGUCGGAGGAGAGCCAGGACCCUGUGCCUUUCCUGAAACAACUGGUUCGGCCUCGCCGAAGUGCACCUAGAGGCCGGAAAACGCGGGCUCGCAGAGUGGUUGCAGCCCACUAUGAAGUUCACCCACAGCCUGGACAGGAUGGAGCACAAGCAGGUGUGGACGGGACGGUGAGUGGCUGGGAGGAGGCCAAAAUCAACAGCUCCAACCCACUGCGCUAUGACCGCCAGAGCGGGGGAUUUAUAGUCACCCGGGCUGGGCUCUACUACCUGUACUGUCAGGUGCACUUUGACGAGGGAAAGGCUGUCUACCUGAAGCUGGACCUGCUAGUGGAUGACACGCUGGCCCUGCGGUGCCUGGAGGAGUUCUCUGCCACGGCGAGUUCCCAUGGGUCUCAGCUCCGUCUCUGCCAGGUGUCUGGGCUGUUGCCCCUGCGGCCAGGGUCCUCCCUGCGGAUCCGAACCCUCCCCUGGGCCCACCUCAAGGCUGCCCCCUUCCUUACCUACUUUGGACUCUUCCAAGUUCACUGAGGGGCCCUGGUCUCGCAGUGGUUUUCCCAGGCUGCUGGCUCCCCACAAUAGCUCUCUGAGCACCCCAGUCCCCUUGGCCCCACCCUACACUGCUCCUCCCCUCAGACUUGCCUCUCCCCGGGUAAGUUGCCAGGGCUUGUUCACGUGUUUUCCAUGCCACAUAAAUAUCCCCAUUCAUCUCUGAAAAGCCCUCUCCCCACCUCUGUUCUCCACCUCGCUAGCUCCCAAACCCCUGAUCUUUGACACCCCCACUUGUCUCCUGACUCCCCACCCUGGCUGCAACCCCCUGGCACACUGUUUACUGUACUCUGGGUGAGGAUGGGUCCCCAUUACCCCUCUCAGGCACUAAGAGAAGCUGGAUACCAGAGAGACUGGGACUAGACCAAGAGUUCCCAAAUGUGAGGGCGAAGAGACCAAGACAAGUUCCUCCCCUGAUAGUUCCCUGUGGAUUUUUAAAACAGAUAUUAUUUUUAUUAUUAUUGUGACAAAAUGUUGAUAAGUAGAAAUUAAAGAGAAUAAGUCAU